AUGAAGAUAAUAGUGCUGAUAAUAAACAACUUAUUUCUGAUAACUGCUGCACCAGUGGGUCAGUAUCAUGACAUAGAAGCCAGAUCUGUGAGUGAAGAGGCAGGGUUGCAAGACCUAAUAACCCAGAUGAGUGACACUCUUGUGAAUGUCAAAAACCCAUCGCUGAACCAACAACAAAACAUAUCAGGUCUUCAGGUACAAGAACCUUCUCCGCAGGUCCAGACAUACAUCCUCAGUCCCCGUGGCUCUCCUGCAGACCCCAAACCAGCCCAGCAACCCUCUGUAUAAACACAGACUAACAUUUACAUUUCCGGCCUUCCUCAGCAGGACAGGGCAACAGCAGAAGAACCUGUAAAACAAGCACCCUUACAACAGCCAGUGCUGACCAAUCUGGAGUCCAUGCCUGCUGUUCAAAGUCCUUCUGCUCAGGUUGUGGCACUUCCGGCAGGGGUUGAAAAUGGCUCCAUUCUGCCUCAGAAUAGAGUGUGGCCGCUCACCAUGCCCUCUCAGAGGUAUCCACACAUGAUCAGUCCUCUCCAGGGCUCGGCUUUCCCGAGGGACUCGGCUCCACAGGCCAACCCAUACUUUCAGCCUGUAAAUACACUCCUAGGUGCUCAAAGUUUUAGUCCGUACCCUUUUUAUCCUCAGACAUAUCCUCUCAAUCCCUACAUGAACUAUGGCAUGCCUAAUGUCGCGGUAUCACCCCCCAUCAUAUUCAGAGAGCAUGGGCAGACAGUUAGCCUACUACACAGGUGUGAUUUUAAUUUUAAACCAGAUUAG